UUUGUUGUUUGGCUAAAGAUGGCGUUAGCGGCUAGCGAAGGCGAUUGCACUUUUUUUCCCACAAAAUAUAUUCGAUCUCUGGUAACAUAACAUUGCGAAAAUAGAACAUUUUCUUUACAAUUUGAAUUAAAAAAAAUAACGUAUUGCAGAUACACGCCAAUUACGUCGAAUAGCGGUUUCUAGGCCUUCUCAAGCGCCAGGCCUUUUUUAAAUGGAGCGGAUCUGUGGAUGGGGACUCAGUUUCCCAUCAGGGAGUGCGGCGUCAGGUGACACAACUUUCCAUUGUCUUAUCGGUAUUUGUAGUUUGUGCAUAGCCCGUUAGGCUUUUUCAAGAGCGUUGCUAGUUAAUUAGCAACUCUGCAAUUGUCAAAAGUGAAGAAAUAUGCUACAUUGUGCCUUAUUGCUUCACUGGUGGUGUCCUGUGAUGCCUAACGGUGUUCUGGGUGAACAAACAAUAGCAAAGUUUGGAUAAGUUAUCGCGUGACCUGCCAGUUUUAUCAGUCAUGGCUUCAUCACCUGUGAAAAGUGACGGAAAGCUGCCGAGAAUAAGCCCCAAAGAAGGCCAAACAUUGACACCAGAAUCCUCAUUGACCUGGUGUUUGGCCCACCUCUGUGAACCUGGUUCACCAGGACGGGCUGAGCAUCAGACAGUCCCAUCCAAAGACACAGACAAGCGGUCAAAGAUGCAUCAGUGGCGAGCCCUAGUUGCCAUCAGGACGCAGCAUAUCAAGGGCGACAAGGCAGGCAUCGCCAGAUUCAGGGAGAAAGGUGGACUCAAAGUCCUGCUGAACCUGCUCAAACAUCCCGAGUGCUCCAGGAAAGUUCUGGACCUGGCUCUCAGCAUCCUGGCCAACUGUUGCACUGAGCUGGAGACACGCUUAGAGGUGUGCAAGCUUGAAGGGAUAAACAUUGUAGUGGACAUAAUGAAGAGAAACGUGGCUCUAGAGACGGUCCAGAACCGGGCUGCCAGGGCUUUAGGGAACUUGGCUAUGGAUCCAGAGAGCUCUGCACUCAUCCACUCUGCUGGUGGCGUUGCUCUCCUCCUCCUCUGCGUGUCGUUGUCGUCCGCUCCGUCGUCUCCCACCGUCGCUCCGCCCUCUGACUCCUCUCCCAAACUGGAAUGCGCCCAGUCCGCCGCUCGCGCGCUGCUCUACCUCUCAGACUCGCCCUCCAACCGCCUCUCGCUGCUCACCCAGGGGACACUAUCUGCCCUCGCCCCCCUUAUUGCCCCAGAAUACCCCCCCGGCCUGCGGCGUGCCGCCCUGCGGACCCUCCAUGAGCUGACCAGGGGCUGCGGCGUCGAAUGCGCCAGGGAGGUUUCCCGCUCCGGCGUCUUGACGCAGCUUGGUGUCAUGGCGACGGGGGAGUCUGGCGAACAUUUCGAAGAGCUGGCGCUGAAAACGCUAGCUAACGUUUGCUCUCAGGGCUGCUUGCGGCCGCUGGUGGGGUCGCUGGGGGUCAUUCAGAGGUUCACAGAGGAGGUGAAGAAGGACCCGCUCAGAUCUGGAGUCUUCCUCAAGGCUUUAUGCUUGUGCUGCAAAGAGGCGGUGAACCGUGCCAAGGUGAAAGAAAAUGGCGGUUUGGAGGUUCUGAUGACAUUCCUGUCGUCCUACCAGAAUCACCCGCUGUCCCGGUUCGCCAUCCUGGCCUGUGUGGACUUUGUUUUUGAUGAGUCUGCGAUGGAGCAGCUGCAGGAGCUGGGCCUGGUUCCUGUUCUGGUCGCGCAGCUGGCGAAGCUCGCAAGAGGAGAGGAACACGCAGCGGAGAGGGCGGACGUGAACGCAGCGUCCAACAUGGCUCACAACGAGCUGCUGCCCACUUCCUGUUUGGAGUCGUUUGACUUCCCCCCGCCUGAGGGAUUCAGGAGGGAGGAGGCCGGGAGGGAGCAAAGCUCAUCCAGCUUCUUAAGCCUCAGGUCCUGGUUGCUUUCUGAGGGGUUGAUCUCGUCUGAAGGAGAGCUGCUGGAUUCCUCCUGUGCUGAUGCUGAAUGGGGGAGUCUUCACCCCUCAUCUUCCUCGUUUCAAACCUCUUCCCCAAAUCCAGACUGCAGCCCUUCGCCUAAAACACCGCCUUCAUCCAGCUCUGCUUUCAAAAAAUCAGCUCCACCUUUGCCACCUGUCUCCUCCUCACCCUCCUCCUGGUCUUCCUCCGAUCUUCAAACCCUGGCUGCUUCCUCCUCCGUUUCCCCAUCAAAGUUCUCCUCUUCACAGAGACGGCGGCGCUCUCAUUCAGCAGCUUCCUUAGCUAAAGUCUCUUUAGAAAGCCCUCCUUCUGUACCCCGAUCCGGCGGGUACCAUCACCCCUACCACCCCGAGCCCUGGACGCCGGAGUCGCCCAUCCUGCUGCUGCUGUCCCGCUUCUCGCACGCCAGUGACCCCAGUGCGGCGCUGGUUAGCUCGGCCGUCAUGUCCGGCUUGCUCUGCUACCUCACCCAGCACCAGGACCCCAGCAGCAGGUGCUUCCGCAUGCUCUGCCGUUUGAGCUGCAACCCGAGCUGCUUGCAGGCACUGGUUCGGACCGGUUCCGUGGCGCUGAUUCGCCACCGUCUCUGCGCAAAUGAAGAUGGGUCAAAGGGACGACAAAGGCAGACGGACAGAGUGAAAACCAAAGUGAAACAGCUCGGUGACGCGCUGCUGAAUAAUUUGCGUGUCCAGUGUGAGUCCGGGUUCGGUUCUGGCGUUCUCACCCACGUGAUGCUGUCCGGUUCUGAGUCAGACAGGAAGAACUGCGCUCUGUCGCUGCCAUUCAUCACCAGCAACAAAUCUUUAUUGAAGAAGCUCCUCCUGGAUUGCGGCGGUCUCCUAGCGGCGCUGAAACCUUUGGAUUGCGCAUUUGAUGAUGAUGAGGAAGAGGACGAGUCGGAUUCAGAUGCGACUUCUCAGCCUCAGUAUUUCCCUCUCCUGUUCGGAUGCCUUUCUGCUCUGACUGGUUCCGUUAAACCCAAACCGGUAGAAAAGAACCCAAACCCGACUCCUACUGGAGCUUCCCCGCCGCCGUUGAAGAAGCCUCGCCUCGAAGACUCAUCCUGUCCGUACGCGAGUUCGGACUUUGACCUGGUUUUGGAACUUGAUGAUGCGACCCGGUUCCCAGCCAACCGGGAGGCCGUGGCCGGAGCUGGUUCUGAAUACUUCCGGGCUCUGCUGAGAGGCGGGUUCGGAGAAGAAGCCCAGUGCAACGCAGACGAAGCCAUUCGUAUCAAAGAUGUGAGCGCAGGUAUGCUGCUGCCGCCGCUACAUUACCUACACGGCUGUCGCUUCGGUUCGGACCCGGAAACCGGAGGGGAAUGUCAAACUUUAAACUCGCUGGUUCUGGACAGACUGGAACGGGCCGAGUCGCUUUCAGCUGGAGGUUUCCAGAAAUCCCCGCUAGGCGAAGCGAUGAUCGGCGCAUCCAGGUUUCUGGUUCUCGACCUCCAGAGGGAGUUGGAGGAAGUUUUUCUGUCAUUUCUCAAAUCUUGGUCCGAUCAAUCCAAUCAGUCAAACAAAACCCACAUCGUAAAAUCCCAACCGGACCAGAAGAGUUCUACUCCAACGUCGGAGCUAGAGGUGACAGCCCCGACCAAAAAACUAAACGGUUUGCCUGAAAAAGUGGAAGAAAGAGACGCAUCGUUCACUGGACUCAGUGGAAGUUUGGACCAGAACACGAACCUUUCUGGGUCCAACUCAAAAGAGGAUCAAUCUCCCUCGUUAACUGGUUUGGUGGUGUCGCUUCCCCAGUUGUACUGGUUCUCCCAGCGCUACAGCUACCCAGCUCUGAGUCGGGCCUGCCUCGCCGUACUGCUGGGCUUCCAGAACCGACCCUGUCCGUUUGCGGAUUGCCUUCGCAGACUGACCAGAGAGGCCGACUGUACGGAGACUCUGAAGCGGGACCUGCUGAGCCUCGUUUCAGCGGCUUUAGUCUGAGCGCAGAAAUCUGUAAACUUUGACCACAGAUAAUAAAAUAAAAAUAAAUGAGCGGUGCUUUAUUUCCAUCAUUUUCAAAGCAUUCGUUAUUUUUUUAUUUCGAUGCAAUCAAAGAAGAAUGUCCGUUUGACAAAAAUCUGUUAAAAUGCUUUUUCUUUUUGUAUUUUUAUUUUCAAAUUUAAUUUCUUUGGUGUUUAUUUUGCAUAUAAAGAUGAUAUUAAAUGGAAGAAGCAUAUGAUCUGUGCCAUAUAAAUAUAUUAUCACACCACUUUGCUGUCGUUUAUUUUUUUCUCUCAUAAAAUGUAUGUUCAGCACCAUGACAUCAAAUUUCCGCCAAAAAGUCUCAAAGUGUCUAGAAAAUUAAAAAAAAAAUUGAAUUUGAAAAGUUGAAAAUUUGCUUUUAAAAACCGUCAAAUGUUGAGAUUUUUCUCAGAACUAUUUCUAUAAAAAAAACAUGUAAAAAUUUCUGUCAAACUUUCAAGUUUUGUUCUAGAAAAUUUCUGAAGUUAAUCUAAAAAUUUUUGUUUUUUUCUAGCAAACUUUCGUCUUUUCAGGCACAGAAAUUUUACAAUUUUUGGCGGAAACAUUCUUACUUGAUACUCAAACUGCACAGUUUUCUAAUAAAGUGCCAUCUAACAUUGAUUUAAAGCCUAAAUUUGGCUUAUUUCGUCACUUCAGUUGAAACCAGAUAUUCAAAGAUGAUGAAAAGACUUUUUUUUUCUCUCGCCGUUUCAAGUUAAGUCAGACAAAAUUUCCCUUAUUUUAGUUCAGCUAGAAUUACCAAAAUUGUUUCUAUUUGCUAAAUGCCAGAAAAAU